AUGGCGAAGCGUUUCGAAAGGCGACAGAUCGAAUUGCUGAAGAUGGCUUUCGAGGAUUCGGAGCACUUAACGAAAGAAAAAAAGCUCGAAUUGUCGCGAGCCACAGGCCUGGAUAUGGAGCAAGUCGCGAGCUGGUUCAACCGUAUGAGGGCGCGAAAACGCGCGCGAGAGUGUCGAGGAGAUUUGAAUCGAAUCAACGCCGAGCUGCGAGAAUUGCUGCGCCAAUGCCAAGAGAGGGAGGCGAGGCUUGUGAAGGAACUGGAAGAGAGCGAGAGACGGGAAGCGAGGUUGGAGGACGAAAAUCGGAGCUUGAAGCAUCGGAUCGCCGUCGCCGAAGGCGAUCUUCGAUUCGAUCCUUUGAGAAAAUUCAUCCACGGGUAUAUGUGA